AUGCACUUCUCCCGUGUUUCGGUGCCGGGCAUCAAGCGUGUCAUCACCAUCUGUAGCGCCAAGGGCGGUGUAGGCAAGUCCACCACCUCCGUCAAUGUUGCUCUUUCGCUGAAGAACAUGGGGUACCGCGUCGGCCUCGUCGAUGCAGACAUCACAGGGCCGUCCAUUCCUACGAUGAUGGGAGUGGAAGGCUCGCAGGUCGAGACGUACCGCGUUGCCGGCAGUGACCGUUUCGGCCCGCCCAUGAACUUUGGUGUGAAGGUGAUGAGCAUGGGGCUCAUCGUCCCCUACGACGAGGCCAUCGCCGUGCGUGGGCCUAUGGUGAACAAGUACAUCCGCGCCCUGCUCUUCCAAACCGAUUGGGACGAACUCGACUACCUCCUCAUCGACAUGCCGCCCGGCACCAAUGACGUGCAUCUCACAAUCACGCAGGAGGUCACGCUCUCCGGGGCUGUUAUUGUCUCGACGCCGCAGAAGGUAGCGCUCAUCGAUGUGCGGCGUGGCAUUGACCUGUUCGCGGCUGUGAAUGCGCCGGUGCUGGGGCUUGUGGAGAACAUGAGCUACUUCCAGUGCGACGGCUGCGACACGCGACAUUACCUCUUCGGCCACGGUGGCGUGGCACACGCGGCGGCGGAGUUGGGCGUGCCGUUUCUCGGAGAAAUCCCGUUUGUGAGUCGCAUUAUGCAGGACACCGACGAGGGUAUACCUCCGGCACUGCGCGGAGACGCGACGUUGGAGGCGGCGAAGCCGUACUACGAGCUUGCCGAGCGCAUCCACGCCACCUUGGACGGGAGUGAAAGGGACACGGCUGGCGGUGGCAAAGGGAGGGUUGACCGACACGCCGCCCCCGCCCCCGAGCCGACCAUCACAUUUGAGUGA